AUGAACCGUAUCGAGCACCAGGUCGUCACGGGCGAAUUCAAGAGCCAGUACGAGUUUGACAAUGCCAUCGCGGAGCUUUGGUCGAGCGCGUACGAUGGACAUCUUACCGUGACCUUGUGCUCGCAGUCGAUCUUUCGGUUCAAAAGUGCCCUGCAACUGGUUUCGGUCUCCAAGGAUGGACUUGAAACUACCAGAGAUAUAUACCUAUGCAGAGGAUGCCCGGCUUUUGACAAAGAACCCGGGCUUGGUAUCCCCAAUCGUCUAUAUCAACGGGAGUACAUCGCGCCGCUCUCACUAACGCAGCCUUUCCAGAACCCGGAUGCCAGCUACAACCAGAUGUUUCCCCACCAUGCGCGGAGUGUGUGGUCAGUACCUGGUGAUCUUUAUGACUAUUUUACCGUGUCCCAGUCCUGGCCUUAUGGUGCGCCACACCAUGGCUUCCGGUUUGGAAACGUCACAGUCCGCGUCGUUCCCAUCACUGUAAGUUACAACGGCGAGGGUGACUUUGACUUUAAGAACGGCCAGGCUAGUACCGCCCUUCCACUUCCGGCAUCCUACCCCAAGCCGGUCGUUCGCGAGGACUGGAACCUGAUUUCCGGACACUUCUUGGAAGAGAAGGAGUAUGAGGAUACUGCUGUGCUCUUCAUCCCUUCAUUCAGCUCGGCAGAACCUGGCGCGAAGCUCUCGUUCAGGCAGCGCGCUCCCGAGUUCCUCGAGAAGAGUGUCGCAGCAGGAAAGAGGCGCUUGAUCAUGGACCUGUCGGAGAAUGCCGGUGGCCAUACUAACCAUGGUUAUGACCUCCUCCAAGCUCUCUUCCCUGGAUAUUUCAUGUACACCUCUUCUCGAUUCUGGGACCACGAAGCGCUUCGCCUGAUGUUCAAGGCCUUUCAGAACGUCACCGUCGACGACCCCUUGUACCAGAAUGUCUCGUACCUUUUUUCGACUCCCCUCUUCGUGGGACCAGAUCAGAAGACACAUUUCAAUUCAUGGAAAGAGGUCUACGGACCGCAAGAGAUCUUGGGCACAAACCAGAGCUCUGCAUUCGCCAUCUUCGACUUCAACCUUGCCUCCGAGCUGGACAACCCAAUCCGCGGAUACGGCCCCGUCAAGCAGGAUGCCACGUCUCCAGCGUGUUACCAGACGCGAGAGCAUGUCCAACAAGUUUUGCCUAUCGUUCACUACUGA